CUCUUACCUUGGGCGUCUAUGGCGGAGCCGGCAGACCCGCCCAAUGGCUGUGGCAAUGAGGAGCUACAGAUCAGCCAGGCCUACAUGGAAAGGAAGUUGCAGAUGCUCCGCCAAUUGGUGGCCCAACCCAUCCCCGCAGAUGCCUGCGACACCUGCCCUUCACAGGUGGGUGAAGGCCUAUUUGUGGGCAACAAGAAGCAUGCCAAGGACGUCGAAACUUUGGUGAGCUUAGGAGUGACAGGCGCCUUAAACUGCGCUCCCACUGGCAUCAGUUCGUUGAACCUGGACGUGUACACAGAAAAUGGUAUCACCUAUGGCUUCACGAAUGUCAGCCAGGACAACUACGGCUACCCCAUUCUGCACGAUCGGAGUGGCGUUCGCUCAGAACAUCUGGAGACCGCCAAGACUUUCUACGAUCGCAUCCGCCAAACAGGCGGAAAGGUCUUCUUCUUCUGCGUGGCCGGGCAAAAUCGCUCGGCCACCCUGGCCAUCGCGGUGCAGAUUCUGCAGGGAAAAGCCCUGCAGGAGGUGCUGACACUUGCGGCGAAGGUUCGGCCGUGGAUUUUGGAAAACGUGGGAUUUCAACGUCAACUGGUGGAACUGGAAGCGCUGGAGGAGAGCUACAGGAGGCAGGGCACGCACCCCUCGAUGCCCCUGGGCGACUUGCCACCCGAGGUGAAGCGGCGUAGGUUGAAGGUGGAAUGCAUCGACAGCGACCAUGUGGAGGUGGAGUUGUUGGUUUCGGGGGUAUGCACCAUGGCUGCUGUGAUCCCGGUUGAAGCCACCAUCGACACUGUGCGAAAGGUCUUGCUGGAACGGGUCAAUGCAUACCUUCGCUACGAAAGGCAAUGUGAAGUUGGAAAGUCCUGGUUGCUGUUCACCAUGUUCGCCCUUCCGGUGGAGUUUGAUCUGGUCUUGGAAGAGGCAGCUGUAGAGGUAAAGGUACAGAUAGCUCGCCUUCAGAGUACCUUCGGUUUGCACAUCGUGAAGUGCCCAGACAUCUCAGAAGCAGGACCCAACACAGCCCUGCGGUGGAACGACCGGUGCAGAUUCGAGGUGUGCAUUUUUUCGGUGCUGAAAGAUUCAGUACACGAGCCGUUCACCUUCCGUCAUCAGGAGAGGCCCGGAGCACCUGGAACAUUGCUGGCAGAGAACUUUUUGGACACCAACCUGAGGGCCUGGGAUUUCACUUCAGGUGAGGCGUUUCGCUCCAUUGAGCCCAUCAUCUUUAGCUUCUCGGACGACCCGCGCAGCAAGAGAGACUUCAUGAACAUCUCCACCAGCAAAACGGAGCGGCAGCAAUUCAACCAUCCCGGUGAGGGCGGAAUCCUCGGAAUGGGUGCUAACGCCAUCGUGCACCGAGUUGAACUGGAGGCAGUGGAGAAGGAGCCGCAGGUGGUCGACGGGAAUCUGAAAAAAUUGCGCAGACUUAGCUCGGACCACAACAUCGAACGUCGCUGGGACGCUGCUGUGAAGCGCCCGUUCGGUUUGUGGAAGAUGUUGGCAUCCAUGGAGCAUAAGAGCGAAGCAGGUGUGGCAAAGCGGCUACGAAUGGCUGGUGCCCUCAACAAGCAGGGGAGAUUGCUGGACUUCUAUGGCUUAGGCAUCGCUUUGGCAUCCAACAACAACAACCACGACGAGUACAAAUUUGAGGUGACACUGCUCUCGCAGUAUCAGGAAGACUUCUCGUCCUACACAUUGAAACAGUUCAUGGACGACUAUACCAAGGUCCUUGCACAUGGAAACCUGAGUCCCCAGGAGCACUGGCGCAUCAAAGAUCUGCAGUCCAAGUUCUCUUUGAUUAAGGUGAAAGUCUUGUUGGUGAGUCUUUUGAAUGGUUUUCGCGAUCUGACCCUGAUGGGGGUGCAGGCCUUUGAUUUCAACCACAUGAACAACGUGCUGAUCUCCAGGGACUGCCGAAAAGCGCGGCUGAUCGACAUCGAUGGGAACAGCAAGGGAUCCAUUCAGUACCCCUCGGAAUACAUCCAAGGAAGUGGUGAGGAGGAUCUCUUCAAGCCAGCCUUGGACGUGGAUCUCUCGCUGGUUUUGCCAGUGGUGGUGCAACAUCUGAUCUGCGGCAAAGGUCGUGGAACGCACUUUGUGACCGAGCUCAUUAGCAAAGUGAGGCGCGCCAAGAACGACGACGAGGCCAAAGACUUGCUUCGUUGCAUCGUUCAGGAGGAUUUCUUCCGGCAUCAUGAUGGAGAUGACGUGGAAAAGACGGAGAAACAUCUGUCCAAAGUCGUAGAAUGGUUUUACGCCUUGCUGAUGAAACGCAGUCCUUGGUCGACCUGGACAAAUGAUAUCUACGAUGCCAUGCGUUGCAUCGAUCAUUUGCCCAUCAGUUAAAAA